GUCAUUGUCCCCCAAAGUCCCCAGGAGCUGUAGCAGAUAGUUGGGCACUGCAGGGCUGUGCCAGCAGGACAGGAGGCUCAGGAUGGGGACAGAAGGACUCCUAUCCCCUCAGGUGCUGUGGUUCCUCCUCUGGGUGCAGCUGUGCAGAGGGGCAGCAGAGGUGAGGCUGGCGGAUGGCAGCGGGCGCUGUGAUGGGAGAGUGGAGGUGAAACACCAGAACCAGUGGGGGACUGUGUGUCGUGUCAGAUGGGAUGAGAAGGAUGCAGCGGUGGUUUGUAAGCAGCUGGGCUGUGGGUCAGUAGUCAGAGCUAUACAGAAUGAAAGAUUUGGGCUAGGAUCUGGGCCCAUUUGGAUGGCUUAUGUCGACUGUCGAGGCACCGAGUCUGCCCUGUCUGACUGCACACUCAGAGGAUCGAGUGUACAUUACUGCACACACAGUGAGGAUGCUGGAGUUACAUGUACAGGAUUUGUCCGUCUGGUUGGAGGGGACAACCGCUGCUCAGGACGAGUGGAGAUCAAUGACAGGGAAGGGUGGAAAUCUGUCUGCGACUCACACUUUAGUGCCAAAGCUGCUGAUGUGGUCUGCAGAGAUCUUCAGUGUGGCAGAGCCCUGUCCGUCACCAGAGCAAGUCCCUCUGGAGAAGGGACCGGUCCCAUCUGGGACAGAGAGCUGCAGUGUGUGGGGAAUGAAUCCACCCUCUCCUCCUGCCCCACGGGGACUCCUAAGGACCAGCCCUGCACCCAGACAAGCACUGCUGCCGUCAGCUGCACACGGUUCAGGCUGGUGAAUGGCAGCACGCCGUGCAUGGGCAGGGUGGAAGUGGAGGUGCAGGGAACAUGGGGCACCCUUUGUGCCUCCCGCUGGGACCUCUUGGACGCCCACGUUCUCUGCCAUCACCUCGGCUGCGGGUUUGCGGUGUCCGUUCCUGAAGGAGGGCAUUUUGGGAGAGGAACCGGCCCGGUCUGGAGUGACUCGUUCCAUUGUGAGGGGACUGAGACCAGCCUGGAUCACUGUCCGGUGACCGCCCUGGGGGCCUCUCCGUGCUCCCAUGAGAACGAUGCUGCCGUCAUUUGCUCAGGCCCGCCUCACAACGCAUCUCUAAGACUGGUGGGUGGAGGGAGCCGGUGCGACGGGCGCGUGGAGAUCUUCCAGCGCGGGACAUGGGGCAGAGUCCUGGAUGAUCAGUGGGACAUGGAGGACGCUAGCGUGGUGUGCCGGCAGCUGCGCUGCGGGGAGGCAGAGGCAGCCUACACUGUGCCGAGGGCCAAGCGAGGGACGGGCCCCGUGGGGCUGCGCGGGGUGCGGUGUGCAGGCCACGAGGCCAGCCUGAGCCUCUGCAACACAUCCCUGCCCGAGGCCACGGCGAUCAUGGAGGACGUGGGGGCCGUGUGCCAGGGGAGCCGCCAGGUCCGGCUGGUGGACGGGGCUGGGCGAUGUGCAGGGAGAGUGGAGAUCUACUACCGGGGGCAGUGGGGCACGGUCUGCGACGAUGCCUGGGACACGGCCGACGCCAACGUGGUUUGCCGCCAGCUGAGCUGCGGAUGGGCAGUGGAGGCGGCCGGCUCGGCUCGCUUUGGGGAGGGCUCUGGGCACAUCUGGCUGGAUGGCGUGAACUGCUCUGGGGACGAAACUGCUCUCUGGAACUGCUCUGCUGAGGCCUGGGGACAGCACGACUGCGGGCACAAGGAGGAUGCGGGAGUCGUCUGCUCAGAAUUCAUGGCCCUGAGGCUGGAGAACAGCGACGGCUGCUCCGGGCGCCUGCAAGUUUUCUACAAUGGGACGUGGGGGAGUGUUGGCUCCAACUCGAUGACUCCUCACACGGCGUCACUGGUGUGCAAGGAGCUGGGCUGUGGGGAUGGAGGGACCCGGGAAAUCAGCAUCUUCUAUGGCAGGGUGAAUGGCACCGCGUGGCUGGAUCACGUGCAGUGUGGGGAGAGCAACAGCUCCUUCUGGCAGUGUCCCUCUGAUCCCUGGGAACUGCAGUCGUAUGAUGAUGUGCGAGACGAGACCAACAUCACCUGCAACGGGAGAAAGCCGGAAAGGACGCCGGUAGCUGCGUGCCCCAAUUCCACGAGCUGCACAGACAGGGAGAAGAUCCGUGCUGUGGGAGGCAAGGAUGGGUGCUCGGGCAGAGUGGAGGUCUGGCACCGUGGCUCCUGGGGAACUGUGUGCGACGACUCGUGGGACAUGCAGGAUGCCGAGGUGGCAUGCAGGCAGCUGGGCUGUGGCCCUGCGGUGUCUGCCCUGGCCGAGGCUGCGUUUGGGGAGGGGACAGGACCCAUCUGGCUGGAGCAGGUGGAGUGCAGGGGCACGGAGCCAUCUCUGCAGGCUUGCUGGGCCCGGACUGGGGAUGGCGGUGCCUGCCGGCAUAAGGAAGAUGCAGCUGUGAACUGCUUGGCUGCGUCCAGCGUGACAGCAUCCCCCCCACAAAGAGACCCCAUUCCGGACUAUGCAACCAUCGGCAGGAGAGUCUCGGUGCCUGUCAUCAUUUGCAUCAUCCUGGGGCUCCUUAUUUGCCUACUCCUGGCCCUCCUGGCAAGGCAGGUGCAAAGUGCCAGAGCUCGACACAGAGACUCCAGGAGAUCUGGGGAGCCCUUCUCUGAAGCUGUGUACGAGGAGAUUGAGUACAGCCCAAUGAGGGAGAAGAAAAUGAGAUUCAGUUUCUCAGACAUCCCUGUUCUGCCUGGUGAUUCCCCAGUGGAAGGCUAUGAUGAUGCCAGGGAGGUUUCUGACCCUGGAGAGCAUCCUGUCCCAGGGCAGGGAGACUGGCAAGUGCCUAGGGCACAGGAGGACGGAGAGGGACCCAGGGAUGCUGCCAGAGGAGAGAAUCGGCAUUCCUGGAGAAGUGCCGGAGCCCCUGAAGUUGAUGGAGACCCCUCACCUCUGUCCCUUGGGAGCACGGGCUAUGAUGAUGCUGAUGAGAUGUCUCUGUCAUAACCCCAUUGGACACAAAGGCUGUGACACCAGAGCGCUAGGAUGCCUGAGCUCUGGGACAAGAGACUCUGUCCCUGCCAUGAAGUUGGGUGUAGACACAAAGGAGAGGUCAGUGCCACUGAGAGAGCCGUGAGUGCCAGCAGCUCUUUUCACAGGGGCAUCAGAAACAGCCAUGCAAUUCCUCCAAGUUUUAUUCCUCUGCUUUUAUGUUGUGCAUUGCUACUGGUUCCUAUUAAAACACUGUGAGAGCUUUGACCCAGA